CAUCUCCUCUUUCUUCUUCUCUGUGGCUUCCGGCCUCGUUUGCGCUAGGGAAAGAGAGAUCGACGAGGAAAGUAGGAGGAAGAGGGCGGUUGUAAGGAUAGGAUGGGAUCGACGGUGGCGCAGAUCGUCCUGGAUCUGAAGGACUUCGCCGGGAGAACAGUCGGCGGGUUCCUCAAGGAAGCGGCGGAGACGGCGCUUGGUCCCGUAGAUGGCCGAGUGGCGAAGCUGAAGGAAUACGUGAGGAUGCUGGAGGAGGAGAAGAAAAAGAUCGAGGCUUUCAAGCGCGAGCUCCCACUGUGCAUGCUUCUCCUCACCGAAGUAAUUGAGGGUUUGAAGAUGGAGAUGGAUCGAAGGGCGUGCGAGAGAUUGGUGCGCCCGUUCGAGGAAUUUAUUCCGAUUAGAAGUAGGUGCCAGGAAGAGAGGAAAGAUGAGGAAGCGGAUUGCAAGGAUAAGAUGAACUGGAUGAGUUCUGCUCAGCUGUGGAGUGAUAAUUCCAGCGAAGAAAAGAAUGAUGAUGACAACAAAAGUUCGACCGAGAAAAAUGGAAGACCGGAUCGACUGGGGGAGGAACAGCAGAGUUUGUUUUUGAACUCUACGAACCGAGGGGCAGCAUUUUUGCCUUUUAAGGGCAUAGCAGCUCCUAUAAUGAAGCCAAAAGGGAAGUUGAAUCCAGUGCUUGUUUCUCCUGACCUCUCGCUAGUGCCAGCUGCGGCAAAUAACUCGCCUUCCCCCUUUUAUACUCCCGCCGAGGAACAUUCAAGCGGCGGCUCAGGACGUAAGGCUGUUGGUAGAUCUCCGGUGCCGGUUCCUGCUUCUGUGGGUGCACAUCUAAGCCUGCAAGUUCAGCCAUCGGCAAGGAAGAUGCGACGAUGCUGGUCACAAGAACUGCAUCGCCAGUUUGUCAAUGCUCUCCAACAGCUUGGUGGUCCUCAAGUGGCGACUCCAAAGCAGAUAAGAGACUUAAUGAAGGUUGAUGGCCUCACCAACGAUGAAGUGAAAAGCCAUCUGCAGAAAUAUCGAUUACACACACGAAAGAUGCCUAAAGGUUCUACUGGUGACCAACCCGUUGCUGUUUUAGGAGGAAGUAUGUGGAUUUCCCAGGAGGAAGAAGAGUACACUUCUUCCCCUCGACAAAGUGUCUCCCAAUCUGGCUCUCCUCAAGGGCCCCUUCAACUAGCUAUUUCUAAUCGAGCACUCUCUGGAGAAAGCUGUGAGGGAGAAGAGGAUAAAUCAGAUAGUUAUAACUGGAGAUGAUAUCCAAGUGGUAUAAUGUCUAAAGAGGCUUUUAGCUUACUAUGAAGAGACUUAACACAUGUUGCUUUCAAACAUUCGGAGAGAUAUCAGAUGUUUUGCGGAUUAUAUUGUUGUAGAAUUAUGUUGAGAGGAAUAAUUUAUUUUGAGUGCUGGAGUUUUUGAGCUCCUUAAAUGAGAUUCAACAUGAAUAUUUUUCUUUCUUCUCCUCCUUUUUAUUCUAAGAUAGAGGUGUGUUAUGAGAAUGUCCAGUAUCUCAUAAAAGUGUCAAUUUUUCUGGAAUAACAACGUUUUAAUUGUGUUGUUGAUCA